AUGGGAAUGCUUGGUUCUGAAAACGAGGAUUUGGUUGGUGUACUGGUCUUCGGCGCCUCCGUCUCCGAGAUGUUCAUUCGCGACAAGUACGGACAAGCAGCCGAAAGCAGAUUAACCAUCUCCGAAAUAGCCUGGCCAUUUCCCAUAGUCAUUUUGUUCGGAUGCUUGGGUGCAACAAUCGGAGCCGGUAUGCAAUCACUUACAGGAGCUCCACGUUUACUGCAAGCCAUCGCUUCUGGUACGUCCAUUACAUAG